AUAUGGCGGGCAAAGUUGCGUUGGCUGGCUUGCGCAUGGGCCGGAUCCAAUAGUGAUGACCGACCUUUUUUCCAACGGCCUUCACGCGCCCUCUUCCCAUUCUUAGGAAACACUUUUCCGCCUGGAAUCCCAUCUUCACUCAUAUACAACAAUCAUUUCGAUAUCAUUCGUUCAUACACCCACGGAUAGAGACAACGAGGACAUGAAAGAUCCAUCUUUACGGGCCCUCCAGGAUUACUCAAAGCAUUCUCAAACAGGAUGCUCGCCAUUAGCCAGGCCAAGACAGCCACCAUGAAGACCGCACCAAGCACCUCAGACAACCGAAAUUCAAGCCUGAGAAUAGCAUCAUCAACCUGGUCGCGUAAUACUCGCUACACUCUUCGGCUACCCCUCGUUGGUCGGCAAAUCCAUGCGUCCUCGCGUGGGCCUUGUCGACAGGUUGAGACGGCACUCUACAUGCCUUCAACCCUUUACCGCAGCUUCCAUGAGUUUGAGCGGGAAGUCUGCAGCGCAAUCUUUGGUGCUCUGUAUGAGCAAGGCGAAACGACAAGCUUUGCCAUGUACGCCGAGAUGGAACUUUUUUAUCAUGUGCAAGACGGCCAGUCAGGUCACCUGUCUCCUAAACGCGAGAGAGUGACGUUGAACGAUGAAACCUGGGAGGAUGUUCUGGAGCUUGUUCUGUCGGGCUCGGCCAAGAAGGCAGAGCUGCGGGCGGUCUGGCACAGGUCAAGGGGAUCGGUGCAACUCUCCAAAAGCAUGUCGCCAUCGAACUUCCCAGCACACAAGAACAUGGAUCUCGUUGGUCCCAUCAGAAGCGGCAGCAGUAUCAGUCCGAGACGCUCGGAGACCAUGUCGACCAGAAGAAGUAGCUCAGGGAGCGGACGUGACACCAGUCCGGUCAGUAGAGCGGACAGUGGGUUGGGCCAGAUGACAGUGUUGUCAAAGUGAACAACGGACAAGAAGCUCGAGAAAACGCAAGCCUUGUUGACUGUGAAUUUGUCCGUUCCAACGCCGCGCUAAUAAUGCAAGUGUUCUCAUGCCGAUGGUGUCUCUCAGUCCGAAUAGUCGUCUUCUUCCUUUGCCCU